AUGGAGAGAAAAGGAGAAGAAAGGCAGAUGCUGAUAGCAAUGAAAGGGCAUCCAGGAACAGGGAAGAGCACACUGGCAAACGCAGUGGCCAGGGCCCUCAAGUUCCCAUUAGUAGACAAGGAUCAUUUCCGUGAUUGUACACACACAAUUCAACAGGUCCUCAUGCAUACUUCAUCCGCCACAGCCACUAAACUGUUGAACGACCUCUCAUAUGAGGCCAUGUGGAGGGUGAUCUCAACUCAGCUCAACCUGGGGCUAAGCGUAGUUGUUGACUCUCCGCUUUCCAGGCAGGCCCACCUUAACCGGCUUCUGGAGAUGGCAUCCCACAGUGGUGCUAGAGUUGUCGUAGUUGAGUGUAAGCCGGGGGAUGAGGCACAGUGGCGCAAGCGGGUUGAGAGUAGAGGUGGAGGUGGUGGCGGCUCAGGGUGGCACAAGCCGUCAACAUGGCAGGAGAUGGAGGUCUUGUUGGAGGGUUAUGGUGGUUGUUGGGAUUAUGACGUGGGUGAGGUGCCUAAGCUUGUAAUCGACACUACUGCUCCUGUUGAGGUCGCGGAGCUGGUUGCCAAGGUGAUCGAGUUUGUUAAUUCUUGA